UUUUUAAUCCAAUAAGGUCUGCACAACUUCAAAAUAAUUAAGGAUAUCUUAAAUCCAAGGAAGCUGAAACCUAUAGAUGUGUACAAUGAAAGUAUUUCUUGUUAUCUUCACAACAUUUUUGUUAUGCUCAGCUGAGGAAUGUAAGACGGGAAAAGAUUGUGGUAUCGAUGCAUGCUGUGUGGCUAACAACCAGCCUUUAGGCAAGAGGAGCUUGAUAGGAUUACUGAGGCCCUGGAAAAGGCAACAACUGCCAAGUUACUUGGAAGGAGGAAUCUGCACCCCGUUAGGUGUCAAAGGAAGUGGGUGCUUGGUGGGUGCAGGUUCUAGCUCUAAUGAUGAGGGAAUGUUGUACAUGUGCCCCUGUCAGUCUUCACUUAAGUGUGUAAGAAAUUAUCUCCCUACAUAUGUAGGAGGACUAGGUAAAAUAGGUGUUUGCACAGAGUGAAGAUAAAGCAGUAAGAGAACAAAAUCAUUAUCUUUGUGGACAUAAAAUUGAGACAGAUCAUAGAAUAAAAUUGUAUUGAACAAUUUCACUAUUUGUCCAAAACGUUGUUGAUAAUCUUAUUUUUCCCUGAUGUUCACCGAUUACUAUAUAAGAAAAUGACUGCAUGAUUCUCAAAUACUAGGUCGUUGUGGUACAAUU